GGUGCCCAACACUUGGUCAGAGACAAGGGCACAGGAAACACAAAGGGGGAAGACAGCAGUGUCCCAAGAUGGCCAGGUUUCUGGCAGUUUUUCUCCUACCUGCACUCUUCAACCAAGCUUUCUGCCUGCAGUGCAACACAUGCCAUGGGGAGUACAACUGCAUAGGAGAGAAUGUGACUUGUGAAAAUCCCUCCGCCAGCUGUACCACAUCUGUCCGGAAGGCAUACGUCUCCUUUCUGGAAUUCCAGUCUGUGAGGAAAGGCUGUGCCCAGCAGCUUUACCCACCCGAAUCCAUUUCAAUCAAAUCGCACCUGAUGUCUCUCUCGUAUCAGGCACGCUUCUGCGCCGAGGAUGGUUGUAACAAUGAGACCUACUUUGUUUCUCAUCUGCCACCAGCCAACCACAUGCGCUGCCACACCUGUGCCUCCCAAGGAGCCUGGUGCCCAGAAAUUGCCCGCACUCAGAUCAGCUGCUCUGGAGAUCAGGACCAGUGUGUGGAUCUGACUAUCCUUGGAAAACUAGGUCAAUACUCCAAUGUGAAAAUGAAAGGUUGCGCCAGUCUCAAACGUUGUGAGGACACUUUGAGCUUCUACUCCGGCAGGCGCACCAUCCAUGCUUCCUGCUGUAAUUCACCUCUCUGCAAUACCUUCAGCACAGAUUUCCACGUGCUGAGUGAAGCACCAAAUGGACUGGAAUGCUACAGCUGUGUGGAUGAUGAUGGCUCUGGAUCUAGAUGCUCCACUCAAGCCAUGUCCAAAGUGCAGUGCACAGGCAUCCACAGCAUGUGUUUGGAGGGUGUCGGCAACAGCCGUAAAGCUGGAAGGGAUCUGGGCCUUGUGACCUUUAAAGGUUGUGCCUCUCCAGCCAUGUGCCAAAGCUCUCUCUUGGGGCUGGUGCAGGAGUUAGACAACACUGACGUCCUCUGUUGCCAAGGAAGCCUCUGCAACAAUCGCAUUGUGAAUGGAAAAGUGACAGAAGCCAGGAUCCCUGCUGAUAGUAUGGACAUCGAAGAAGCUCCUGCAUGUAUCAAACCCAGCCCGGCACCAUCUGGAGUCACUCCAAUUCCUGACUGUGCCUACACAGAAGAGGAGGAAGAUGACAGUGUAGUGAGUGUACAUCCCUCUGCUGGGAUCCACAUUGAGAAAGGAACCGAUGUAAAUGAAAGAGAGAAUAAUGAGAAAUUAGUAACUGAGAAUAACACAAUGUCACAUUUUUCUCAUCAUGAUGAUGACUCAAUUACCCACAAAGACACCAUCAAUGAGAACAUCUCUGAAGGAUCUUCCCAGGGAAAUGCAACCUCACCUUCAGGUGUUCCAGAGUCAGACCUUAUUACAGGAGAUGGUUCCUCAGCCACCACAAACUUGGAUAAGAGCAAUCCAGGAGCCAGCACUGCCUCUUCGGGCAAUCAUGGCAAUGUUGUUGUGCUGAUCCCUGUCGUUGUGUCCAGGAGGAACAACACCACUACCAGCUCCACCACUUCCUCCUCCACAGAAGCAACCACCGGCAACAGGAUCUUGGGAGGGUCCAACACCAAUGAUGAAAUUGACGAUGAAGAAUGUGAGUCAGAAGUGGAGGGCAUGACUACUGGGGAGCACUUCAUGGCUGCUAAAGAGAGCAACCAUGAUGGUUCUACCUCCACCCCAAGGAGCACGAUUGUCCCUGUUGGAGCUCAUUCUGAUGCUGGCAUUUUUGUUGAAGGGACAAACCAAGAUGCUUCUGCCUACCAUUCAUCUUCCAAUCAAGGUGACCAUGGUGCUGGUGUCUUCACUAGAGAAGGGUCUGCUCAAGUUCCUGCCACAGACUCUGCAGGAAGCUAUGUAGACCGUGGGCAUAAUGUCCAUGCCCAUGGUAGAGAUGAUGAAAGAUUCACUGUUGAUGCCAAUCACACUCCAAGACCUGGGCAUUCCACAGUGGACAACCAUGGAGCCACCAGUGGUGAAAACUUCUUUGGUGGCAGUCCUCCUCCCCAACCAGGCCAUGUUUCUGAUAUCGUUAUUCCCAUCCCCUUUGUUGUGUCAAAGGAUAAUGACUCUUUCAUCACCAAAGACAAUAAUGUGGCAAAUACCAAUUCACCCGUUUCCACCAGUGGCCCAGAUAGAGACAUGCUUGUUUCAGGAGCAGGGGUUGGCACCGCACGUCCGAAGAACAAGGUUCCUUGCAAACGCCCAGGAUCUCAAAGACGACCUGGUGCAAAGGUGGAGUCCUCAGAUGCAACUAACAAGCGGAUCUCAGAAGACAUUUUCACCAGAGAUGGUGCGACCUCAUUAUUCAGGGACACUAAAAAUUCAUCACACAGUGGAGGAGGAAAGGACAAUCCCAACAGUGGCUCCUUCAGCCUUCUCAGCAACCUUAGUCUCUUCUUGCUCUCUCUCCUGAUGGUUGCUCUGUUGCACUGAGCCUGGAGAGACGGGGCAAUGUGUGUUAUUUUAUUUUAGAACCUAGAUGUCCUGGUUUCCACUUCUAAUUCUGAUCUGACCCUACUUCCUUUCUGACAAGAACUCUUAGGACCUCUGUAAAAAUUCCUCUGUCCAAAGACUUCAUUGAAAUAGAAGGGAAAGUGUUGUAAUCAAAGUGCUAAACUUACUUUGGGAUAAUAGUUUGUAUGAAAUGUGACACAGUAUUUUUUUAUUACGGAGCACACAAAUAGUAUAUUGCUCCCUACUGGUAAAAACUGGGACAACACUCCAUAUGUUUUAUAAACCAUACAUUGUUCCUAAAAGGUGCCUAUACCCUAUAGGCACCAGUUUCUAUCUGAUCUUGGAAGCUAAGAAGGGGCUUUGUUAAUAAUGCUCAAAAAAUUGUACAGUUAUGAGCUCAACAGACACACGUUACAUAUAGUUAGAGUAUUCUUUGCCCAAAGGAAGAUGUAUAAAUGUGGGCAGCUGAAAGAAUCCAUUGGAAUGUACUAUUUUUAUGAAAGCACCAUAAAUAUAUUUAUUUUUUACAACUGUAUUGUUGGACAGGUACAACACUCCAAAAACACAGAUUGGAUCCAAAACAUGUGAAAACUGCAAAUAUUUAGGUUUUA